AUGAGAUAAAAUGGUUUGCUGAGUAGCUAAGGCUCAAUGAGAUUGCUUUCAACCUUUGUGCCUAAUUAUAGAUCUAGAGAUAAUAUGAGAAAUACCUAUGUUAUUGAACAACAGAAAGUAAGAGAAAAAAUAGUAUAACCAGAAAUUAAGCAAGAUUUGACCUUCAGGAAAUAUCGAUUACUCCCUGAAAUAGUUGAUAUUCUUGAGAAAAAGAUGGAAAUCUUGACUCCGUCCCCAAUUUAGUAAAUGGCUAUACCACAUUUAUUGUAAUCAAAGAGUGCUUUGUUAGCUGCUCAAACUGGAACGGGAAAGACUCUUGCUUAUGUUAUACCUAUAAUUGAUUAGCUUAAAAAGUAGGAGAUGGAAAAUCAAACUCGUCUUACAAUUCCAAACAAACCAAGAUCUAUUAUACUUUAGCCAUCAAGAGAGCUUGCUUAAUAAGUCUUAAACUUUAGUCUUAAGCCAUUUACCUAUGAUGUGCCUAUGAAAUAUUUCAGUAUUUAUUCAGGUUAAAGCCACAGAAUAGAGACAGAUAAGUUAGCAGAUGGUGUAGAUAUCCUAGUUUCUACAUUGGAGAGAUUUUAAUAUAGACGUGACGGUGAAAAGUUAUUCUUAUCAAAUGUCUAAAGCCUUGUCAUCGAUGAACUAGAUACUUUUCUUGAUAGCGGUCACGAAAUUAAAAUUAGAAAAAUCAUUGAGUAGUACUUAUCAGGAGCCGAGAGAUAGGGGGUUAAAAAAUAACUCAUUUUCUCAACAGCUACAGUGACAUCUCCGAUGGAUUAAUUACUUAAAGAUUAUUUCCCAGAUAGCAAAGAUUUCGCGAAAUUAGUAGAGAAACACACACAUAUGAAUCUUAGUCAUCUUAAACAUGAAUUCAUCAAGUUAGCUGACUAUGAUAAGAUGAAGCCACUCUUACUUCUAGUCAAGGAAUAUAAAUAGUAUGCAUUGAAAAAUGAAACUUCAUGCGUAAUAUUUUGUAACUCUGUGGCAUCUGCUAGAGCAAUUGAGCAUGGUCUAGCAAAUGAAUCAUAUAAAACUGCGAGUUUACAUGGUGAAAUGCCUCCUAGAAUUAGAAUGUAAAAUUUUGAACGAUUCCUGACCAGAAAAGCAGAUAUUUUAGUUGCCUCAGAUUUGGCUAGCAGAGGUCUUGAUAUGCCAUUUGUCUCUCACAUUAUCAAUUUCGAUUUCCCUAAAUCUACCUCUGACUACUUACACAGAGCCGGCAGAGCUGGAAGAGCAGGUAGGCCAGGAUUUGUCAUGAGCUUAGUAAGAGAGAAAGAUAAUCCAAUAUUAACUGAAAUGAAAAAAGCAAACGAGCUUUAAGAACCCUUAAAAAUAAAGGGAAGCGCAUUCAGUUUAAAAAAUAAAGAGACCCUCAUUCAGUAAAACAAAUAAAAAGGAUUGCCUGUAAAUAUUGGAACAAAGACCGAGCACAGAGCCGAUUAGAAUUUCAAGGGAUCUGCUAUUGCUCCUAUAAAUCAAAAUUAAAAUGUAAGUAAAACUUUCAAAGCUGCGACCUAGGAGAGAAUGGAUAAUAGUCUGAAAAACUAAAAAGAAAAAAUUCGAGUUCUACACAUGAAGAGCAAGCCAAGAUCCAGAAAUAAGAUCUUUGAAGAAGACAAUACAAAGUCUCAAAAGAAAAGCAUUAGAUUUAGAAAAAGAGAGCCAACGUUUGGACAAAGACUUAAAUCAAGAAAAUGA